AUGUCUCACGGCCUGAAACUCUUGUUCAGUUUACUCUUCCUUUACACAGCAGCAGUCCAGGCGGGUGUAAUCGGUGUAUUCAACGCCCUUCCUCCGCCAAACACUAAGCCCAUCAACGGCGAGUCUCCACUCUACCAAUGUGACGUUUUCGAUAAACAACUUCUGGAAAUUAAGGAGGUCAAUCUGGCCCCCAAUCCACCGGUCCGUGGCGAAAACUUGACCAUUUCUGCCAAUGGUGAAGUUUUUGAAACCAUUGAAGAAGGCGCCUAUGUCGACGUCGAAGUCCGCUUAGGCUACAUCAGACUGCUGUCCCAAACGUUCGACCUAUGCCAAGCUUUGGAAGACAACGAUAUCGAAGGCCUAUCUUGCCCAAUCGAGCCAGGUCAAUACGAUAUCAAGAAAAUCGUUGAAAUUCCAGGUGAGGUCCCACCCGGCAAAUACGUUGUCGUAGCAAGAGCUUAUACCGAGAGCGAUGAUUUGAUCACUUGUCUAACUGGAGAAGUUAUCUUCCCAGCAAGGUGA